AUGACGGGAAACAAUUCCUCAACAUCAACAGCCAAUUCCACUCCAUCACUUGUCUAUGGUCAUAACUCCAUAGUUCAACCAUCUCAAUUAAUAUCUUUCAACCCUGCUUCCCAAAUAUCUUUGAAACUAGCAGGAAGCACCAACUAUUCAACAUGGCAAGCCCAAGUCAAAACUCUACUAUUCGGCUACGAUCUACUGGGAUUUAUUGACGGCUCCUCUAGUUGUCCCGCUGAAUACUACACAGAAAAUGAUAAGCAAUUGAUCAACCCCAACUUCAAGCUCUGGCUCCGCCAAGAUAGCUUAGUUCGAAAUGCUAUCAUGGCAUCUGUUGAACAUUCCAUUGCCCCAAUGAUAGCCCAAGCAUCUACUGUUAAGCAUGCCUGGGAAAUACUCCAAACAACAUUUGCAAACAGAUCACAGUCAAGAAUCUUUGGCCUUCGCGAUAUCCUUUCCAAUCUUCGAAAAGAAUCUCGUAUAGUAGCUGAGUACAUGAAAGAGAUCAAAUCAGUUGCCGAUGAUCUUGCAUCCAGUGGGUCUCCAUUGACCAAUGAAGAACUCGUCAUAAAAAUACUUAGCGGUCUUGGGUCGGAAUUCAAAGAAAUCUCAGCAGCCAUCCGUGCGACUUAA